AUUGAGAAACAAAUAUGAUCCCUUGACCAAAUAAGUUUUACACAAAGUUAUGUCCACAGCAUGUUCCUCGGAGGUUCAGUAUUUGAAAAGAAGUGAUCUGAACUUUGACCAUUCUUCACGGAUACAACAUUACAUUAAAGAGUCUGGCCACUCAGCAGACUGGCUGGAGCAACCAUGAAUGUUGGAGUUGCGCACAGUGAGGUGAAUCCAAAUACCCGGGUAAUGAACAGCCGGGGUAUGUGGCUGACAUAUGCACUGGGAGUUGGCUUGCUUCAUAUUGUCUUACUCAGCAUUCCCUUCUUCAGUGUUCCUAUUGCUUGGACCUUAACAAAUAUUAUACAUAAUCUGGGGAUGUAUGUAUUUUUGCAUGCAGUAAAAGGAACACCUUUUGAAACUCCUGACCAGGGUAAAGCAAGGCUUCUAACACAUUGGGAACAACUGGACUAUGGAGUACAGUUUACAUCUUCACGGAAAUUUUUCACAAUUUCUCCAAUAAUUCUAUAUUUUCUGGCAAGUUUCUAUACGAAGUAUGAUCCUACUCACUUCAUCCUAAACACAGCUUCUCUCCUGAGUGUGCUAAUUCCCAAAAUGCCACAACUACAUGGUGUUCGGAUCUUUGGAAUUAAUAAGUAUUGAAAUGUUUUGAAAUGGAACAAAAAUCUUUAAAGCUACUGAAUUUCCUAUAAGGAAGGAGUAGUUAAUAAGCUGCACUGUUUCUGUGAUAAUGUAAAAUAGGAAGUAUUUACAUUGGAGAGCCAGUUGUUGCUGGUUCCUCAGAUGCUGUUUUGAAGUGCAGAUUGCUAUUAAAUGAUGCCUCUGUUUAAUGCAUCUGGUAUACUUCUGAGGAGAGACUUUAUAAGCAGGCUGGGCAGGCCCAGCUUUUAAGCUAAACGGCAACACAGUGAUGGUGUAGUAAAUAAAUCCAAGGAAGUAAGAGAGUUGUAAGAAACUAGGAAAACUAGGACCAGCUUAACUUAUAAUGAAUGGGCAUUACAUUAGGAAAAGAAAACUUCCAAUCAUUUAGUCAUGGUUAGUAAAAGCAACAUGUCAACCAGAAUCAUCUCUUUACAAGUUUAUUAAAGAUUGUUUUUAUUAGCCUACAUAUUUCUCUUGUUUUAUAUCAGAGGGUAUAUACCCUUUUGUUUUAUACAAGCCAGUUCCUACUUAUGAGUGUAAUUUUUUGACUUUGCUGGCUCGAUAUUAUGUAUUGAUAGAUGAGGUCAUUUUUACAUGUAUUACAUUACAGAGGUCAUGAAGGCCCACCUUCAUGACUGAUUGGUGAUAGAAGAUAAAGAUGUCUUACAAGUAGCCUCUGAGCCAGUGUUCUAAUUUUGGAACAAAGUGGAUUUUACCGCUUUUCCAGACACAGGGCUGCUAAGCCAAUUAAGAAAAUAAUUUAUUUCAAGCAGCUAAAGUGUAUGGUAAUUUAAAGGUCUGCUUAUUUGGUUGAACAAUUUAAUUGGUAAAAUCUUGACAUUCUUUAGAAAAGGAAAUACAAAAGGGACAACUGUAUAGCCAACCUGUGGUCUGGCAGAAACUGCUUCUUUAACAAUAGUACAAAGGAAGUAAUGGAGUCUUUUUUAGCAGAUCUGCAGUAAAAGAUAACAUUGUCUUUUCUUAAUACUGCUUCCAACCCCCAUACUUUGCCCACUAAUAUUUUGCCUUUAAAUUUGUGACUCUUAGUAUAGAUAGUUCAAAAUGGUAACUAUUUACAGGAUAGCAACCAUAUUGAAUUAUUGUUACUUAGGAAAUCUUUCUAUAGUUGCAUUAAUUGCAAGAAAUAACUAUUUACAACUUUGAGAAGAAAAAAUGAAGUUCUGUUACGGGAUGAAAUCGAAAAAUUUAGUAACAUUUAUAAAUAAAAUUGAUUAAAAAGAGUUACAGACCAACUUAAAAAUCAAUUUGUGUCAAUAAACUGACUUUGGAGGGUAAUGAUCAUUGUUUUGUAUUUCAAAAAUAUUGAGUUUAGAAAUCAGUUGUAUGAUACGGCCUUUGUAUUUGUCUUUUCCCAUGUACUUUUAAAUACCAGUGAUCUGUACUUUAAUAAAAUUUUUCCUUGGUGUAAAACUA